AGUAAUGCGAUUUUGGAAGUGUGAUACUAAUAAUAAGUAAUAAUUGUCUAAGUUUUAAAAAAUGCUGUAUAUUUUACAAUAAAUUACUAAAAUAGUAAAAUAGGAGGACCUUAUGUAGUCAAUAUCAAAAGUCUUCAAAACAAGCAUCGUGACGUGGACUAACAUGCGUCACGUUUUUGUUACACUUCCUUGAUGCUUCCAUUCAAAGAGCUUUCUUGCCAAUUGGAUUUUCCUCUGCAAAUCCACCCUCUCUCUGUCUCUGUCUCUCUCUCUUCAAUGGUUUUUUGAGGGAAAGAUGGAGUGGAGGAAGUGGACUGAAAAAGCUUCGGAAAUCACUCUAUCAAUCAUCAGUUGGGUCGUCUUUCUGUGUCUUGAUUUUCUGGACAUUGUUCUCUGCAAUGUCUACAAAGUGCUCGACGAUUUCCUGGAAGGGAAAGCUUCUCGUACUUGUUACUGCGUGAAGACGGAGGAAGUGGACGCGAACGGUGUUGAUGAUGAUAGGGAGAGUGAACAUUCGGGAACUCUUUGUGGGAGUAGGAGGAACAACAUUUUCAGGACGUUAAUGGGAUCGUUGCGAAUUUCAUCAGCCCCAAGAAGGGGAUGGAAAAAUGGAUGUACCUUUUGCGGUAAACACAGGUGGUCCGAUUGUGGAUGCGAUUCUUGCAUUGAAUGGACCCAGAAUUCUGAGGAUUUAAGGCUUCAUGUCGUCGUCAAAGAGCCGCUAAGAGGUAAUUAAUCCCGGUUGUCAAUUUUGAAAAUUUCUUUUGGAUUUUUGUGUCUAAAAUUAUACUCCUUCAUUUCAAACUUUACAUAUAUUUGGUCUCUUUUUUUUCAACGUUAAUGGUAGAAGCUUUCUGAAUUUUGUCUCUUCGCUUAUUUUCAGAUUUGUAUCUGGGUGCUAUCUUUUCUGUUUUGUGUUACGUGUGAAAAGAUCCCUUUUAAUUUGAUGCCGUAUUGACUGAAAAAAAGUGAACAAUCACAACAGUAUUUACACUAACCUUAAAGUUUUAUGAUCAAUUCUUUACCGUAUUUUGUAGUCUGUUCACAAAAUGAUAGCAGAUGCAACAGGGUGUUGGCGUAUGGUGACCUCAUUAAAAUGGAACGGAUGCUGCCGCCAAAUUAGUUUAAGUUUGUUAUUGUCCUAAUAAGUUGAGAUACAAUCUGUAAGUUUCAGGGGGUUAAGAGGAACUUUUUUAGUAGUUGAGUAAUAUUCCCAGUUUAUUAACUGUUGGGAGAUUUCUUUUUCUCCGAACUCCUCCAUAUGGGUGCAAACUCUUGUUUAAACCAUUUCCAAAUUUCAUGUAAAGCUCAGCUCACCUUUGCCAUGUUUUAGCGAGUACCAUAAGGUUUUGUUUAAAACAUUAAACAACCCGGCAACUAAAAGUGUCUUUAAGUUGGUGGCUGCUUGAGUAAUUUGGCUAAAUAGUUAUACUAUGAUGAGAAACAUAAAAAUGCAGAACGUGGAGAAGACGAUGUCCUAUAAAGCUAUGACAUUCAUGUUUACUGAGCUAUGUUAAAUACAGUAUUAGUAUUACAUUGAAAUCUAGUGUACCUUCGUUCACAUCCCCCAGCCGCCUGGACAUGAUAUUGCUGUUGAUGUUAGAUAGAUGCUUUGCAUCUUCUGAGAGGGCUGAGGCCUGAAACUGAUGACUAUUAUACUUAUCUUAUAUUCUUGACAUUUAAUGGCUGACUUGGGAACAUCUACUGAGUGUUGCAAGCGUUAAAUGUAUUAAUGUAAGUGGUAGUAUUGUACUCGGCACGUCUCCCAUGGAUGACAUGCCAUUUUGUAGGAGAUUUUUUAUAGUCCAUCAAAUGUCAACAAUACUAUCUUACUUGGCUCAUGGCUUGAAGAUGAACUGUCACGGCUAAGUCUGAUGGUGUCGUUCUAAAGUACUUGACUUCUCUUGAUAUGGAAAGAUUCAGUUGUCCCCCAUCCGCCUAAAUAUUUCUUUAAUGGCUGCCCCUGCAUUACCAUUUUCAGAUAUAUCAAAGCUAUAAUGAUGGAUCAUCUAGUGCCAUAAGAAACAACUUAAGAUAUAAAAGCCGUCAAAACAUUUGGAGGCCAUCAAUGUUCUAAUUUAUGUGUUUCUUGAGAAACCUUAAUGGUAAUGGAAACUCUGGCUCCAAUUUAUAACAGUGAACAUUGAGGUCAUUAUGUUAAAAAUUGAAGGCCGUAAAUAUUUAGGUAGAUUUUUCCUAGCUUCAUCUCUAAGCCCUAGCCAUGCAUUUAAGGAGACCUUAUCAUGUUAUCUAGUAAAUUUGUUUGGAGUUCUGAUGACAGACAUAAAUAUUCGGAUUGAUAUUCUUUUCAUCUGUGAUAAGUAAAACCUCAUAAAUUGGGAUGAAGGCCUAGAUUUUGUUGUCUUUUCUUGCUGAUGAUCUAUUCAGUUUAACUACCAUCCAGGUAAUUUUCAACUAUCUUUGUCAAAAGUGCUGGACAUUUUACAUUGACUGUUUCUCUAUCAAUCCCACAAACUGAUGGUAACCACAGAUAACAUUUUCUUGCUAAAUUUAUUCUCUCCGCAUGUGAUCUGGUUUCAGCUCGUAAAAUUAAUGGUGAAAUGUAUACUGUGGAAAACUUGUGAAGGAUGCAUUGAGGCUGCAUGUGAAACUUCUCAAUCUGAAUGCUAUCAGAACAGUACGACUUUCUGUCUGUUUCUGAAUUUCCAUCAGCCUAUCGACAUCACAAUCCAUUGUUUUUCUGGCUUUUGCCUCAGCUUUUUUGGCAAUCCCAAUAUCAUCUAUAGAUAAAUUUAUCAUUUAGAUAAGUUGCAUGCGAGCAUGUAAAGUAAGCAAUCAUUCAGCAUGCAACAUUUUUGCAUCUUUUGGAAAUGCGGUAUACUGAUUGCAAUAAUUCCAGCUUGUUUCUCGCUGAACAUUUGAUGAUGGACCUGAUCAUCUGCUGUAUUUUGGCAGUCAGCUCACAUGAUUGCGGAAAAAAGGAUGCUCAAAAUGUAAUAUUUAUACAUGGUUUUCUCGCAUCUUCCUCAUACUGGGCAGAAACUAUAUUUCCCAACUUAUCUGAUUCCAUGAAGCAAAACUACAGACUGUUUGCAGUUGACCUUUUGGGAUUUGGAAGAAGUCCAAAACCAAGUGAUUGUUUCUACACGUUAAGGGAUCACUUAGAAAUGAUAGAGAAAUCAGUGAUUGGUCCAUAUAAACUGGAUUCAUUUCAUAUUGUUGCACACUCGAUGGGCUGUGUGAUAGCAUUGGCAUUAGCUGCAGAACAUAUCAAGUUAAUCAAAUCAAUCACAUUGAUAGCACCGCCGUACAUCCCUUCAAACAAGGAUGCUAGUUUGAUGGCACUUCAACGGCUUGCAGCUAGAAAAGUAUGGCCACCACUGUCAUUUGGUUCAGCAAUUAUGUCCUGGUAUGAGCAUUUGGGCCGAUCAGUGUGUUUCAUUUUUUGUCGAAACCACAAAACAUGGGAGGCAAUCCUGAAGCUUAUCAUGAGGAAAAGGGAACUGCACUUUACGGUUAUGGAUUUGACUAGACAUACGCAUCAUUCCGGUUGGCAUUCCAUGCAUAAUGUCAUCUGUGGAGGUGCAAAAUCAAUGGAUAGGUACUUUGACACCUUGCGAGAGGGCAUGGUAAAAAUUAAAGUCAUCCAAGGAGAUAGAGAUCAAGUAGUUCCACUGGAAUGCAGCGCUAACGUAAAGAUGAAAGUACCAGAAGCAGAUGUAAAUAUCGUUCCUAAUGCUAACCACAGUAGUGUUGUUUUAGGUAGAGAGAAGGAACUUGUAAGGGACUUGGAAUCUGUAUGGUCUGCUGUUGCAAUUUCAGAGGAUAAGAAAAUGGAAUGAAUACUACUUACUACCGCCACUGUGAUUCAUUAACUAGACCAAUGGUUUCACAUGUAGUCAAUGUUUGCUGAAUCCAAAGAUUAAGAUGACAAUUUCGCGAUGAGGUAAAUUGCAAGUUUGUGACAUUCUGCUAGUGAGGCAAAAUCUAAUUUAUAACGCCUGAAAUUCAAUGUUAUAAUACAUUACGAUUAUGAU